AUGCCAGAAUGUGACACAAAAGGGCUUAGAGAGAUUCAAGAAAAAGACUUUGAAUUAGGCCAAUGGUAUACAUCUUUUAGGGAUGAAAAUUAUUGUGAAGAUCAAUUAAGUGAUAUUUUUGCGAUAGCAACUAAUAAAUUAGUUAAAGAUGUUUCUGAGAAAUGUGGUUGUUUUGAAUAA